CAAGCCCUCCGGACGAGGCACCGAGCGGAGCACACCGGGGCCAGUUGCGCGCCACGCAACACACGCGACACGCUCCCUCGUUACUCCCCUCCCCCCUUUUUUAUCAUUACUAUUAUCAUUAUCGUCGCACAGAGAGACGGGGAGACGCUUCGUUUCUCGUUCUCCUGUUUACGGGAAGUAUAUACGUGUUUUAUCCUCGUUCGUGUUCUCUCGGUUCGUAGUGAUAUAUGUAUGUAUUGGAAACGAGAGGGAUUAAAGGGUGGCAAGAUCGAUAAGUGGUCGAGAGAUUCAUGAAAAUAUCCUUGUUUCGAGAUUCGCCACGAUGUGUAAUCAUCUGUUCUUAUUUUGGUGAUAAUUAAGUUAAAUUCAGUGGGGGAAAAAGGUUGAAAGGGUGAAAAAUAAAAAAAAAAAAAAAAAAAAAGAAAGAAAAAAUGAAAAAUUCAAAGAUUCAAAAAGUGAUUUUUUUGAGAGAAUAGAUUGAUCGCGAAUUAUGACGUUGUGACGUGUGAUUUUGUGACGUGUUGGGUUUUUGGAAGAAUUCUGGCAUUCGUUGCUGGUGAUCUACACAGAAAGUGUGUUUUAUGUUUUUGAAACUGAAUCGACGAAUCGUUGGUGUGCAGUGUCGCGAUCGAGAAACGAUCGCCAGUGAUCGGUGAAGUUUGAAAGUUGUUCCUCGAGCGUAGUGUAAGAAUCCUGGUUGGAGAAUUGAAGAUCGUUCCUUUGACCGGGAGAACGGCGUUGGUCCUCGGCAUGAAGGGGUGUGUUCCAUAUUCCUGCGUGUAUUCCUGAUCGAAGUAGAUUCCUACGAGUGAACCCAGACUUUCGACUCGCGUCUCGAAGCGUAUCGAUAUCGUCGCCUCGCGGCCAACCACAUACAGGAAAGUGUCCUCUCGACUGGAGGAGAAGUGCAAGUACUCGGCAUGAAGGACGCGAAUUGGCCGGUGUUGAUCUGCGUUUUAACGGCGACCACGGUGCUCUCCUGCCGGCAAAGCGAAUUCCAAUGCGGGAACGGGCGGUGCAUCGCUCUGAACAAAGCGUGCAACGCUGUCAACGACUGCGGGGACGGCAGCGACGAGCCACGACAGUGUUCUCCGUGCAAUAAAACAUACUAUGGCGAUGUGGGCAAGACCUACGAUUUGGAACUCCAUCGACCUAAGGAGGAUAAGGUGCCUUACAUUUGCAAGCUCACCUUCAGCGCACCGGGUGGCGAUCUCGGAGACAUCGUGCAGUUGACGUUCGACAGCUUCACCCUGGGGAAAUUUGUGUCGUUCACUGCUGAGGGGUGUCCGGACGGUUCGCUCCAGAUUUCGGAGGCCCAACGACCGGACGUGGGCGGCCUCUGGUGCGGUACGUCCUGGGGACCCGCGAUUUACUACAGCGAGACCCAGACUGUCUCCAUCACCCUCAAGCUGCUCAGGCUCAGCAAGGAUCAGACGGGAUUCAAUUUCGACUUCAGGAUGGCGUACAAGAUGAUCAGGAAAUCGGACGCCGUGGUACGUUAUGGCAAUCCUUUCGUAGGAAUAACACAGGCGACAGGUACGCCAGCGUCGAUAGAAACAACAUUAUCAACAUCCUCGAGCGAUUACACGAACAGCUCGAUGGCGAUGCCAGUGCAGAUGGUGGAGCAGUCAUCAGAAACGACGAAACCGAGUACCGAGCAAUACCUGGGGGAUCUGAUAUCGGGCACCUACUGUUCCCGCAUAUUCAGCGACUGCGACCGGAAAAAGUGCAGGCUCCAAUCGCCCAACUUUCCAGGAUUAUAUCCGCGCAAUCUCACCUGCUACUACGCAGUAAGGCAACACGACGUACCACCUGGAAAACACGCGUUAAUUUCGGUGAAACAGCCUCGUGGCCAAUUGGUGGCCAUAAGAGCGAGGCCAGCGGCGACCCAAGCGGAAUCGUCGCCCCGUGAACUUCGUUUGUGGAAUGAUUGCGACUUGGUCCAGGAUUACGUGACAGUGUACGAUGGUUACACUACUCGAGACCCGGUGAUCCUGAAAUUUUGCGGAGGAGGCGAACCAGUGCCGGAAGCGACCAGUAGCGGAACCGAAAUCUUGGUCGAGUUCACCACGUCUCCUUAUGGCACAUUUCUACAUCCUACGCCACCGCACUCGCUCCACGGUUUUCAAUUAGAAGUGCAAGUGAAGUUCGUGGACGCAGACUCGCCAACAUACGCGAAGAACAAACACUGCGAGUUCUGGUUGCAGGGGAGUGGGGGCGGAGUGCUCGCUUCCCCGCGCCACUCUUUGCCACGCAACAGCACGUGCCUGUAUCAUCUACGUGGCGCUGGCCCAGCACUUCCUAGCCCAACGCCACCGCGUCCUUUGCCCAAGUUUCCGGAACAAAGGCCGGGCACCGUGUGGAGGAGGCCUGCGCCACGAGCACCGCAGCCGCAGUUCCGCGUCUGGCUGUCCAUCCUCAAGUUCCACGUGGGCACGAGCCUGUCCACCGGCGACGAGGAUUGCUCCACCACGCUCAUGGUCUGGGAUGGAGAGAUGAUGCCCUUGUCCGAAUGCUAUGAUCCCACUUGCGAGAAGGAGCAUCAACGUCACGGUGACAGAUCCGGUGCAGACCCACCUCAUCCUCUGGCAGCUCGCCCCGCUGGAAACACUACGUUAUUGGCACGAUAUUGUAAGGACAAGGUGCCAAGGACUUGCGAUCACGCGAUCCUGCAAAAUACCAGCCGUCCAUGUUCCUUGGGCGAGAGCUUCGUGUCGAGUGGAAGCACUUUGACCAUCGAGAUGAGAAUGGUCGAAUCGACGGCUCUCAGACCGGUGAAUUUUCGCGCCCUCUACGAGUUCGUGGAUCUUCACCAAGAUGGGGAUCCGUAUGGAAGCGGGCCAUGCUCGAGGAUAUUCUACAGCCGUAAUCGAGAUCAUUAUCCUGAUCGUAGAUUCCAAGCGCCACGCGACAUUUUCCUUUAUGGCCGCGGCGGAGCGAAAAAUAUAAGCUGCGUGUAUCGAUUCGAGGGCGAGCACGACGAGAUCGUGAAGCUGCGGUUCAACAAGCUUUUGAACGGGAACCGGACGUGCCGCAGCGUCUCCAGCCCAGACUUUAAUCGGCUCCUCUGCGUUGGAUCGGAGAACUUCUUCGUGAAGGUGCUCGAUCUUCCAUGGCCGAACGCGCCGCCCGUGCAACGAGACUGCCUGUGUUCCAAUCGAUCACUGCCGAUCAACAUCAAAUCGACCUCGAACAUCGUCGAGGUGCACUUCACCGUCAGGUCUAUGGAUGCGUUGGACGAUUACAAUAAUCUGUUCUUCGAAGGUAUAUGGGAAUUCGUCAAGACGAUUCCUUGCUUGCAGAAGAGGAGGGUGAGGGGGCCUUCCGGAGAGAUCAAGUACAAAGCUCCAAUAGUCGACGAGGAUGAGAAAAAUUGUGAGAAGCAUCCAUGGCUGAUAGAUCCUGGGCCGAAUCAAUACCUAUAUGUAAAAAUGCACGGGACGAUAAUGUCGAAUACGAGCAAGUGCGCGACAAAGAAUCGGAUCGUGGUACAUACCGGUGGCACGAUCCACGUGUCGGUGUGCCCGAAACCACCUGCGGAGUCUAGACACCACGUGGUCGAAGUUUUCAGCGACGGCUGGGCCGUCAGCAGCAAUGCCAUGAUUCUGGUGCCGGGUCAGGACCCCAUCAGGACUAUAGCCAUCGAGUUUAUUAUCAAGGAACCGGAUACGUACACGGUCACCUGGCUCGAGCUCACUAGAAGACCAUCGGUAACAUCGACAGCAGGGUUGCAAAUGCCACGCGACUGCGAGCAGCGGUGUCCAGAGCUGGAUGCAUGCAUAAAUGCUUCUCUAUGGUGCGACGGAAUCUCUCAUUGUCCAUCAGGAUAUGACGAAGCUCUGACUCAUUGUUCUGUUCUCCUGCAAUUACCUCCCCUCCAUUUGGGCCUUGGGCUUCUCGCCAUCAUCACGAUUCUCGCCGUCAUCAUCUUCGUGAUUUGGCGGAUUUGUAGGCAACGGACGAAUCGGUCGAUAUCGCAGCAUAGGCUAAAGAGCAUUUCCUCCGAGACGGCGAUCAUCGAUGGAAAGGAAGUGAUUUGCUGACACAGCGACAGUUCUGUGCGGUACGUCGAGGUCGACCGGGUGACCACCGUGUGACGAUCACCCACGGUCGUCCCAUUCGUCGCUCGUCGUGGCGUCGUCGCGUCCCAUUUCGCCUCCUCUUGAAGGAGAAACACGUACCGACUUCACGACGACGUUCACCUCUACGUAACGUGCAGAACUGCUCUGAUAUACUUUAUAGGAGACCUAGACUCUGUUCUCAAAGAUGGUUCGCUGCUCGAUGACCUAGACCAUUCUUGCACUUCUUUAUUUAUCCACAGAAAGAGAUUUGUUAGAUGUUCGUAAAUUCGGUUUAAGAUUCUUGUUGGAUUCUGAAAAAUGAUGGAGAUUAGAUGAUGGAUGAGAAGACUUGGAGAUAAGUGCUUGUAAAUAUUUUGUGGAAAUAGAUCAAUGCUGUUUGUGAAAGUAAUAUUUGUUUGUAGAUUUUUUUUAGGUUAUGUACGAUGGAUAGUUGAAACAAGUGUAGUUGAAAUAUUUCGUGCUGGUAUGCGACUUUUUAAAUUGAUUUUGAUUUUUUUAAUAAUUGUGUUGAUGUUUUUUGUCAGUAUUUUUUCGUUUCAUUUUUUAAUUUAGGUUAAGACAGCACUGACUUAGACACUUCGGAAUAGAUUAUUAUUUGUACCGUGAUUACAAA